CCUAUUUCACUCACGAUGCAAGAGAGUCUCUUAAGUCCUUACAAAGGGGUCCUGUUAGAGAAGGCUAUAGAAACCGUCACAGAGUCUGUGGAGACUCCCAAAUCAUCAGCGCCGGGCUACACGUGGAAGUGAUGAUGCAAUGGCAGAUGACAGGCAGUCGGGAUCAUCUGCAUCCCCUGAUGACCUCAUUGCGCUCGCCCAACAGUACAGCUCAGAAACUACUUCAAUCCCGAGCUCGAAAGGACAAGGAUCAACACUGCGUGCUUCGUGGAGUCGCUUCCAUUGGGACUCUCUACCAGAAUCAGCGAAAGCAGCAUACGCUUCUUUUAGAGGAUCGCAUGGAUUCUCCGAGCAUGAACUACAGAACUCGCAGAGUCGUUUGUUGGCUCACCGGCUACUCGAGGCAAAGACGUAUAUAGACCUUGUAACUAUAUUGUACCUUCUCUCAUCACAUUGCGUUCUUGGCUAUAUUUUUGUGGAAUUGUUGUAUCUCUCUGUUUGUAAUUCAUUGUAUCGCUUUCGAGAAAAAGAAUGAGAAAGAAGUAAUGUUUGUAAGCCGAAACUGUUAUUAAUAUUUGAUAGAGAUCGAGGUUUGUGAUAUCA